CGUUGUCUGGACUAUUAAAAAUGUACAGGCAUGUGAUUGGUCAGUUUUCUCUAUGGCUCUGGUUAAUGGUUAAUGGUCGCGUGGGGCAACGAGGAUAUCUCUGGUACAAACAAGAGAAAGUGAAAGGGCAGAAGACAUAUGGUCAUUCGCGGUUUGUAUUUCAUCUCUGACCUCAACAGUAACUGCAUAUGAUGGCAAAUGACAUUGAUGAUGCUCAGGCUGAACUCGACUCUGUUGAGGCUGAUUUGGAGAUGGUGGAAUUGCAGAUCUCCGAGCUGUUGGAGAAACAGGCCAAGCUGAACUCCAGGAAAAACAAGCUCCUGAAGAUUCUGGAGGGAGCGUGCAGCUCAGCCCAGCCCUCUGGAUCCAGCAAAUCUCCCAAGGCUACUUUUAGCAAGCAGGACUUACAACACUAUGAAGAGUCAGAUUUUUCAUGGUCUAAAGAGGUUCAGCAGAAGCUGAUGAGUGCCUUUAAACUCUCCAAAUUCCGGCCUUUGCAACGGGCGGCUAUUAAUCUCAGCAUGUCCGAAAAAGACUUGUUUCUGGUCAUGCCCACUGGACGAGGAAAAAGUCUUUGUUACCAGCUGCCGGCCCUCUGCUCGAAGGGUUUUACAUUAGUUAUAGCCCCACUGGUGUCUCUGAUGGAGGAUCAACUGAUGUAUCUGAAGUCCAUUGAUGUCGAUGCAGUAACCCUUAAUGCCUCCAGUACAAAGGAGGACUCCAAGCGCAUCUUGGCAGGCAUGAUGGAUAAAAACAGCCCCUUUAAGUUGCUUUACGUUACACCGGAGAAAAUUGCCAAAAGCAAGCUGCUGAUGUCCAAACUGGAGAAGGCCUACAACAUGGGUCUCCUGGCACGCAUAGCUGUAGAUGAAGUUCACUGUUGCAGUCAGUGGGGCCAUGACUUCAGACCAGAUUAUAAACUCCUGGGGAUUCUGAAGCGGCAGUUUCCCAAAGUGCCAUUGAUUGGACUCACUGCCACCGCAACCAGCAGUGUCCUUAAAGAUUGCCAGAAGAUUUUGUGUGUUCAAAAUCCAAUCACUCUGACCGCACCAUUCAACAGAACAAACCUUUAUUAUGAGGUUCGUUUUAAAGAUAAUGAAGAUUGCAUCGAUGAGAUUGCAGCAUUGGUCAAGGGAAGAUACAAAAACCAGUCAGGAAUUGUAUAUGUAUUCUCGCAGAAGGAUGCCGAAACUGUGGCUUCAAACUUGCAGAAGCGUGGUAUUCUUGCCCAGCCAUACCAUGCCAACAUGCAGCCUGCAGACAAAUCUCUAGUUCAUCAACAAUGGGCCUCCAAGAAGAUCCAGGUGGUUGUUGCCACCGUGGCAUUCGGCAUGGGCAUCGACAAAGCUGACGUACGGUUUGUUAUCCAUCACACCAUCAGCAAGUCCAUUGAAAAUUACUAUCAAGAGAGUGGACGUGCAGGAAGGGAUGAUAGUCCAGCAGACUGCAUUGUGUUUUUUGGGUUUAUGGACAUCUUUAGAAUAAGCACAAUGGUUGUGAUGGAGAACACCGGGCAGCAAAAGCUACAGAAUAUGGUGGCAUAUUGUCAAAAUGUGGACAGGUGCCGACGUGCUUUGAUGGCCGUUCAUUUUGACGAAGUUUGGGACGAUGAUGAGUGCAACCAAAUGUGUGAUGUCUGUCGGCACGGCAACGAUUAUGUCACAAUGGACAUCACCGAGUAUGCACAAGAUGUGGUCAAAAUAGUAGAGGUGGCCACCGGUAUGGAUGAAAAGUUAACCCCUCUGAAAGUCUGCGAGACUUGGAUGGGGAGGGGGGCUGCUAAGCACCGCAAAACGAUAAAGAGCACGACUCUGUCACGCUUUGAGGUGGAAUCCAUCAUCAUCCACCUUUUGUUGCACGGCUACUUCAGUGAGGACUUUAGCUUCACACCCUACACAACCCACUUCUACCUGAAGCUGGGUCGUAAAGCAGCUCUCCUGAAGAACAGCACUCACUCCAUCACUAUGAAGAUGAGGAGGAAAAUGCCACCAGUCAGCACAGUAAACAAAGUGGCACAAUGUGCUGUGGAGAAAACUAGUGCCAAAGUAGAAGGAAAAAGACCUGCUGACAAUGACCAUCACAAAUCUGUGACCAAGAAAGUCAAGAAAGACAAUCAUCCCUAGUCCAGAUGGAGAAAACCCCCAAACGAUGUUCAGUCAGGUGAGAUGCAAGAAGCUGAAACAGUCAUGUUUGAUGUUGCCAACGUUGCCGUUAAGAGACCAAACAAAAGUAAAAUAUAUAAAAACCACCAUAACAUGGAAAAAAGAGUUGAGCAAACCCAGGAAG